ACAUCAGGACUGAUGGUCACGAAAAACUCGAAGAGUUUAGGUGUUGUGUGCUUUAGCAUGUUUACAGAGGACGAUCUCAAUGUCAGACUUACAGAGGCACUACAGUCUUCUUCAGUAAAGGAAACUUCGCAGCAUUACACUCAUGUGAUUACCAAGCAAGUCCACCAACAUGAAAUGUCAACACUUCCUGACGUUGAAAAACUUUCCAUUAGAUCACAGCAGAAUACGUCAAAUCAUGCCCAAAUGCUACUGACGCGAAAUAGUUGCACGUUUCUGAGAAAGCUGCGUACAGUGUACUGCCUCCUCCAUCAAGCUGUAAUAAUGAUAAAUCGUGCUUAUGGUGUUCAAAACCUGUUUAUAAUAACUACCUGUCUUGUAUGCAUUGUCGUGAACAUGCACGCAGUUACUGUCACCUUGCUGAGAUUAAACAAUGCUCUGCAUGGAGAUUUGAGAAUAUACACCGUAGUUAGAAUAUCAUUAUGGACCGGCAUGAUGGUUUGGCGGAUCGUCGGCAUAUGCUACAGCAGCGAGGUGGUUACACGGGAGGCCAGCCGCACGCAGCACUUGGUCACCAAACUUCAGAUGCUGCCGUUUCCUGCUGGCAGUGGUGUUCAGGAAGAGCUGCAGUUGUUUGCGGAACAGCUGACACACAGUCCAAUCCACUACAGCGCAACUGGGUUCUUCACGCUGGACGUGCCAUUGCUGAAAAGCAUCGCGGCGGCUGUGACGACCUAUCUUGUCAUUCUCAUUCAAUUCUCUCUUUCUGAUACAAAUAAGUAG